AUGCUGGACGAGAAUUUCAAAAAUCUUAAAGAUGCAGGCCCUCACCGAGUCAUCAGUGAAGCAAAAAUGUCUUCCGACUGGGCUUAUCUUUGUCUUGAACUAAUUUGCGACAAACCCACCUCAAGCUCUCUUGAUAUGCUUACUGCGCACUCCUACAUUAUCGCAGCCCUCUCACAGCUACAUGGAUUAACUGGUGCCGCCACUUCAUUUGAUAUCCUCAAGAUGCAAGACAACACGUGCUGGGUGCGUGUAGCAAAAGAUGAUCUUAGUAAAACCCAAGCCGCCAUCACGAGCUGGAACGGCAUUGCUUCGCCCCAUGGUAGAGAAACAUGGUCGCUUCAUGGAGUGCACAGCUGGUUAAGCGUUCUUGUCGCUCAGGAAGAACAAAAAGUGUGGAAUGACUAA